AUUCUGCGCAUGCGCAUGAUUCAACCGGCGCCAUUGAAGAGGCAUCAUGGCGGCGUCCACGCAUAGCAUGAAGUGUGUGUUGAGGAAAGCGAUGACCCCGUCGUUGGUCGUCAUUUUGGGAGCUACCGGUACCGGCAAGUCCAAACUGGCGAUUGAAAUCGGAAAACGGCUCCAGGGAGAAAUCAUCAGCGCCGAUUCCAUGCAGGUGUACCAGGGUCUUGACAUCAUCACCAACAAGGUGACGGUUGAGGAGCAUUCCCAGUGCAGGCAUCACAUGAUCAGCUUCGUGGACCCUUUGGUUAGCAACUACACUGUGGUGGACUUCAGGAACAAAGCUGUGACUCUAAUUGACGACAUGCAUAACCGAAACAAACUGCCAAUCAUUGUCGGAGGCACCAACUACUACAUUGAGUCCCUGCUGUGGCGAGUGCUAUUGGACGCUGGGAAGGAGAGUUCAGCAGAUGGAGACACGGACAGGAAGCUGGAACUGGAGAAACUGGGAGAAGUUGAAUUACAUAAGCGACUCCUGGAAGUGGACCCCAAAAUGGCUGCUAUGUUGCACCCCAAUGACAAGCGCAAAAUUGCCAGAAGCCUGCAGGUUUAUGAAGAAACGGGCGUUCCUCACAGCUCCUGGCUGGAGGAGCAGCGAGGCCAGCGGGGAGGGAAUGACCUCGGGGGCCCGCUGAGAUACCCAGACCCUUGCAUCUUUUGGCUCCACGCUGACAUGGACGUGCUGGACAACAGGCUGGAUGCCCGUGUAGAUGAGAUGUUGUCCGUCGGGCUGAUAGAGGAGCUGCAAGACUUCCAUGCACGCUUCAAUCAGAAGAAAGUCCAGAAUGACAGCCAAAACUACCAGCACGGGAUAUUCCAGUCCAUUGGUUUUAAAGAGUUCCAUGACUACCUGACGGCGCCUGAAAGCACCAGUCAUCAGGAGAGAGACGUGCUGCGAAACAAAGGUGUGGAAUCUUUAAAGAUGGCUACCAGGCGCUACGCUCGCAAGCAGAACAAGUGGGUCCGCAACCGCUUCCUUCAACGACCUGGAGACAGCGUGCCAGCAGUCUACGGCCUGGAUGUGACGGAUGUGGCAAGAUGGGAGGAGACGGUGCUGAACCCUGCACUGCAGAUACUGGACAGUCUCUGCAAGCAUGAAGAGCCCACUAUUCCACCAAUCAGAGUGCAGGGGGUGGAGCCUGUAAACAAACGCAGCCGGCAUACCUGUGACCUGUGCGACAAAGUCAUCAUCGGAGACCUGGAGUGGGCCGCGGCACCGCUGCUGUGAAAGCACUUACACAAUACCUGGCGACCACCCAGAGGGGCCUCAUUUUCACGCUCCCUCACAUCACCUGCAUCCUCCCCUGCCCAUCCUGAAGAACAGCAUUCCCAGCUCACAGCGUCCCAUCACCUUGCACUUCUGAGAUGCUCUGACAGCGUGGGGUCACUUGUUGGGACCUCAUCCACAUGACUGCAAAUAUCCCCCGCUGUAAAUAAGCAUGCGUGUCCCACUUUGAUAAACUGGGUCAGGCCUCAAGCUUACUGGGGGCUUACCAGUACGGUACAGGAAUCACAUUGUACAACAAGACCCUCACCAUAACUUAGCAGGGAAUUUUAACUACGUCAGAACGUUCCAUAUUGUUAGGCAAUAAUACAUUUUCACUUUCUCAGCACCUCUCAGGGUUACUAUACAGGCAGUAAAACCACUAUUGUUUUUUUUUUUUGUUAACAUGUUUACCAUCUUUUAUAUACGUAUUAGAGACCAAUAAACAUGAAAUAACACCCCUAUAGUCACCUGCACACUCCUGCUAAACCAAUAUAGUCAAUGUAAUCAAGAAAAUAAGACAUAUAAAACACAAAAGGCUUGUUUACAACCUUCCAAAUGCACUUUUUUUUAAAACCACAAUUGUUAAAAGAAAAAUGCAAAACAUAAUAUACAAAUAUCCCUCGUGUAUUGCAGUUAAUUGGUUCCACACCUGACAUAAGUACAUUCGGCAAAAUGUAAUAUUUUGGCAGUUUGAGCACAGAAAAUAUAGUUGUUACCAUUAUUAGAGCCCUGUAGAUAGGAAAACAGCACCCCUAUAAUCACAUUUAUUCUUUGUUUACAACACAUUGCUCAACUCAACAUUGUUUUGUUAAGUCUCAGGAAACGACCGGUGUCAUUCUGUGGUUAUGCUAGGCUACGCUAGGCUAAGUGUGUUACACCUUGCUGUCCCUUUUUAAGUAUUUGCAUGAAAUGGACGCUAUAGUAUUAUUGUAAAUGCACCAAUGAACGCCUCUCUAACUAGCGUGGGUCAAAAAACAUUGGAGUUGACAUCUGUGGCUGUAGGCAACCUCCCGAUGUAGUUAUUUUUCUAUCAAGUCCGUAAGAUAGCAUGAUGAGCGUCAGCAUCCAGUAGCUUUAUUACCUCUGCAUGCGCUUCAGCUAUUCCAACAUUGAUUCUGUUGUGCGGUAGUGUAUAUUUGUUCAUGAAUGCAGCAUGUUCUCGGCAGCUUGUUGUUUAGCAGUGGCAUCAUUGUGGGGGGGGAUGGCUCAUUUGUUUUUCUUAACCUUGCUUUGUCAACCGGUGUCUUUUUAUAACCCUCUUUUGUCUGGAUGACUCCUGUUUCCUUCCUCCUGUUAGAUGUUUUUAUACAUUUGGCUUUGUUUUCCUCCUCCUUCCUUUCCCCUCUCUUUAGUCAUCCUUUUAUACAGUCAUACAUCAUGUUCUGUUUGAAGAGGUUUUAAAUAAGAGAGAGGGGGGGGGCAUACAUUAUCGGUCAUGUGCUGCGAGGUACAUUAGUGGCCUGGUACGUUGAGCGUGUCAGCUGCUUUGGCGUGACACCUCCAGGCGUUGCUAAAUAACUCCACUUUAAAGAAGAAGAAGAAGAAGGCUGCAGCAAUUCAUUGAAACUUCCACCCCUGUUGACCUGAACAUGCCCCCGCAGAAGUGGAAAAGUAGCACAGCAUGUUGGGUCACAAGGCUAAUUAGUGAUUUGCUCAGGCUCAGGCAGUGAAUCAUCUAUGCACAAAGCCCCAGCACACCAAAGCAGCACUUCAAAUGAGAAGCCUACUACUCCACUUACAAAUAAAUGCCGUUUUGUCAUUCACGCAUGAUUUGCUGCUGCACAGGGGCCUCCGCAGUCACUCGGUAGUCUGUCUGUGUCUCUCUCGGCUCUACCCAAUCCUGUCCUAUACGUUCACAGAGCACACGCUGUCCUAUACAUGAGGCCCAUGCUGGGGGAGCUGCAGCCCCACUUAUGUAACACAGGCUGCAGCUUAUAGAUGCUUAUUGUGCGUCUAGCCUGUUUGCCCUGAAUUCACAGCUCAUGCUUGGCGCUUUUGAUGCAUAAUGAUGGGUACAUGUCUGGGAAACACAUGAUACACUCCCUCUCUUUCUUUAUGUUGGACCCAGAAGAUUAAAACUGAGAAGGAAUCAAAUGUUUAGUCAAUUGAACUGCAUUUACUUUGGUGGAUAACUAAUUCAUUGAUUAAUAUGUUUUUAAAUUAAUUUUAGCUGGUCUUUUCCUACAUUAAUUUAAUUAAUAAUUAUUUUUAUCACAAUAACCCAUAGGUGACUUAUUGUGGGGGAAAAUUGUUACAGAAUUAAAGAGGCAAUUAAAAUAA